CCAUCAUCCUCAAUAUUCAUCCAGUUUUUCCCCCAUAAAUUCUAUAUUCUUUUUCUAACCAACUACUCCGUACAGAGUACAUAUUUCAUAAUUCCUGUCCCUUGGUUUCCUGACUUCAGAACACUCCUGUGCAAAACGAGCACACCAUCCCUAGGCACCCUUUCCCCUCCACCAUAUUUUUUAUUUUUUUUUUUAUUUUUUUUCAAGGUCAUAAGAAAGACGUAUUGUGACAGUGCCACUAUGCCCGCCCCAGCCCCUUUACCUAAACGUCCAAUUCUAAGCCUACCUUUCCUCCUUCCAUUCUGUUCCGAAUCCACCGUUUUGGCCCAAAGGAAUCAAUCAACAUACCGUCGCUUAAAACAACGCUUACGGGCCAAACCAGAGGCGUCCUUUGGCCAAUCUCCGACUCAAAAAUAUGAUCACAUCGUCUACAACCCCCCUUCAAGCGCGCCCUCUGUUUACCGCACACCAACCAAGUUCCUCCCGCCCAACGAUAUCCGACGGAAAUUGCGCUCUGAUUCCGAUUUCGAUAUUACCAGCACCCCCCACAGUCUUCCCCUUGUGUCCAAACGUUCAUCUCCAAAGAAAAAUAUCUUGACGGCUAAGGAAGUGGAUGAAAUUCGUCAGCUCCGGCUGAAAGAUCCAGUGACAUGGAGCCGGGGGAAUUUGGCCCGCCGCUUUGGCUGCAACACCCUUUUUGUUGCAAUGGUAUGUGAAGCGAGCGCGGAGAAGAAGGCGAUCCAGAAGCAAGUUCUUGAAGCUGUCAAAUCGCGCUGGGGAAUCAAGCGAACAAUUGCGCGAGAGGACCGUCAGCUGCGGAAAGAGGUUUUAGCAAGAGAUCAAUGACGUUCUGGCACGACUCCUGGAAUUGGAAGAUGUAUACUGCGAGUCCGGUAGAAAAGAAAUGGGCAAAUUGCGUUAGACGAUAUUUUUACAAGUUAGCAAAUUCGGGCAACGUGGCGAUGGUAUUGCCCUAGUCGGAGCAACUUCUUGGAAAGAUGUGCCAGCCAUUCGGCCCUUCAUGUAUUACUAUCUACGAUUUAUUGUGUUCCCCUUUUAUCCUUCUAAGCGGCCUGGUUAGGGGUUGGAUAGCACGGUAGAAUUCUAUCAUUAUUGGAAGCCCAAGGGGGUAUAUCAAGUAAAUAUGUAUGGAAUGCGGAGUGCUCCGUACGCUCCUCGGCAUUACAACACCUCGUGAUAGCGGCUCUGUAACUACUCCCGAAAAACCAAGAUACGACAAAUUCCAUACACGCCUA